AUGCGCUUGGAUCGUUUCCAUAUAUCAACAGGAUACUUUGCUAUCGCGGAAAAAUUGAGACUUGGAGCUAUACCACAUUUCAAGGCUUGGAAUUUAUCGCAUGAUUUGAAUUGUUACUGGGCUUCAACUAGAUCUGAAUCAUCAGGGACUUCAAAUUUCACUGGCUCAAUUGUUACGUUGCUUAUCAUGAAUCAAUAUAUUAUACCAUUGGCACAUAACGACCCAAGACUUUUUUCUCAUGUCUCACAAGCAUUUUCCUUGGUUGAUCUUGGCAAGCGUUUGCUGGAUGCCGCAAAAAAUGGAGAUGUCGAGGAAGUCAAGAAUUUAAUAAAUAAUGGAGCACCGUUUACUACUGACUGGUUGGGAAUAUCUCCUCUCCAUUUCGCUGCUAUGAAUGGACAUCUUAGUUCAUGUGAAGCGCUCCUACGUGCUGGUAUUAGCAGGGACGCUCGGACUAAAGUUGAUCGUACUCCUCUCCAUUUAGCUGCUCAAGAGGGUCAUGCAGAUAUUGUGGAGCUUCUGUUACGUAAUGGAGCGGAUCUUAGUGCUAAGGAUAUGUUACGUAUGACAGCACUACACUGGGCAGCUGAAAGAGGUCAUACACCUGUUGUUCAAAUGUUGAUGCGUUUUGGAGCUGAUGCACAUCUUCAGAACAAAUUCGAAAUGACUCCUUUAGAUAUAGCUGAGUGUAAACAACAUGAUGAUGCUCGGGAUGCUAUGUUAAAUACUCAGUAUGAUUUAGUAUCAUCAGUCGGUCGUAUGGCUGCCACGAAUGGGGAUAUAGUAGGUGCUAACGCAUACAUCUUAACAGAAGAAGAAACAUUAGUUCCUGCUGCUCCUCCAGCUGAUGAGGUGACUGUCACUGCGACAACGGUUGAGGAGUCUUCCAACAUAGAAGAAUCUGAUAUCUCCGAGACAUUCUCAAGUGGCGGUGAUGCUUCUAAUAAGGAUGAAAAAAUUACAACUCUUACUAAAGUAAAAAGUGGUCACAGUGGUUCUAAUAAACAAAUAUGGAAAACCGAAUUAAAUGAAAAUACAAACGUCAAUCUUCGUGGUGAAAAUUCGGAAGCCCAAACCACUCCUUAUUCAUUAACACAGGCAGAUAAUCCAGAUUCUAUUCCGGAUACUAAAAAUAAGCCAAAUUUGACUGGUGAUAUUUUAUUGCCUUUGGAUGAAGAUUGUCCAAGAGAUGUUAUGAUAGUUGAAACCCCGGAUGGUGAAACGCUUUAUGUUCAUCAUCAGCCUAAUGAAGACGGUUCUAGUGGUCUAGUCAUUUUAAAUGAUGCAGGUGAACAGGUGAAUAAUCCAACUUUGAUGGCACAAGUAAUGGAUGCCUUGGUCGCUUUGCCAGAAAAUGUAAUCAGUGAAACAUUAAGUGCAGACAACUCCAACGUAAAUAUUGAAUCGGAGUUAAACACUUCACCACUUCAACGCUUGAAAAACAGUCCAAAUAACAGGAACCCGAGGUCAGAAUUCAACAAGAUAAUCGCUAACUAUGAUGGGGUUUUUCAAUCUAGCACUAAUGGAUGUCAAACAGGAGGUCGACCACUAAGCCCUACGCAUACUAUAGAUAAUGAAGAUGAUGACGAAGAUCUCGACAACGAUGAGUCAGAAUCAUUAGUAGCUCACUUAGCCGCAUUCGCCAAUCAGCCUGAAUCCCAACAAACAACUAUCUGUGUAGAAGGAAUGGGAUCUGGUGCUUCGACCCAUGACCUAAUAAUGUGGUGCUUGUACAACGGAAUAUUUAUUCGUGGCUAUGCAGAUGAACCAACUUUUGUCAUCGAAUUCGUUUACCAAGGUGAGGCAUACACCCUUUCGGCGUCAUAUGAUUCACAAUCUGGUACUAUCAAUUUCUAUCAUGUGGAGACUAACCAGAAGUUAUAA